CUAUUUUCAGUGUUGGCGGGCGCGGCCAUCUUAGUUUUCUGUGUAAUAGUGGUCGUCUUGUGCAGUGCGUGUGAAAUCCUGAUUCAUCCGUCAUGUCGGAAAGAGAGGAUAAUGUUUACAAAGCAAAAUUGGCGGAGCAAGCUGAAAGAUAUGAUGAAAUGGUCGAGGCGAUGAAGAAGGUAGCAUCGCUGGAUGUUGAGCUGACUGUUGAAGAACGUAACCUUCUGUCGGUGGCCUAUAAGAAUGUGAUUGGAGCUCGCCGGGCCAGCUGGAGGAUAAUCAGCUCCAUUGAGCAGAAAGAAGAAAACAAAGGUGCUGAGGAGAAAUUGGAGAUGAUCCGGACAUACAGAUCACAGGUAGAGAAGGAGUUGCGUGAUAUUUGCUCUGACAUCUUAGGUGUUUUGGAUAAACAUCUCAUUCCAUGCGCUUCAACUGGUGAAUCUAAAGUAUUCUACUACAAAAUGAAGGGUGAUUACCACCGAUACUUGGCAGAAUUUGCCACAGGCAAUGACAGGAAAGAAGCCGCUGAAAAUUCAUUGGUUGCAUACAAAGCAGCAAGUGACAUUGCCAUGACAGAACUACCACCUACACACCCAAUUAGGUUGGGUCUUGCACUCAAUUUCUCAGUGUUCUACUACGAGAUAUUGAAUUCGCCAGACCGAGCAUGCCGACUGGCCAAAGCAGCAUUUGAUGAUGCUAUUGCAGAGCUAGAUACUUUGAGCGAGGAGAGCUACAAAGACUCCACACUUAUCAUGCAGCUCCUUCGUGACAACCUCACACUCUGGACAUCUGACAUGCAGGGAGAUGGAGAAACAGAGCAAAAGGAACAACUGCAAGAUGUGGAAGACCAAGAUGUGUCGUAACUCUCUGCCGUUUAACAAUCGUAACAACGUAACGUCAUAACUACACCCACGUAACGUCGUCGUAAACAAACAAGCAACAACGUAAAACUUGAAAAGAAAACAUCUUCAUCUUGUUUUUUUCGGUGGCUGAAAACCGUUCGCGUGAAAUCUACCACAAACCGACGGACGGACUGAUGGCUUAGUGAACAUGGACACAAACCACAGCAUUAUAUUAAAAUAAAUAAAAUAUUGCAAAUGUUCCGUGGGGGGAGGUUUCUGUAAUACGACUGCUUGCUCGAUUGUUUGGGGCUGAGGGGGGGAUUCAAAAACAUCACUGCUAUUAUUAAUUUCACAACUUUUUAUUAAAAUGACAAAUACACUUACUAAAUUGCCAAGUUCUUUUCUGUGUCCACAUGCCAGCAUUUCAAUUUUUAAAUGUAAAGUUGGAGUUGGCUAAUGUAUCACUAUGUUGCAGCAGUAUUAACAAAUCAUAAAACUUCUCUUCGAGUGUGCGUGGGGUUAAGAAAAGUGAAAUAUUUUCCACUUAUUAGUAAAGACAUUCUUUCUGAGACUGACACCUUCUCAGAUAAGUAGGUCAUUGUGUUGUAUGUUUUGGCACCACUGCAAUUUUUUACAUAAUUCCUAGCAAUCAUUCCAGUAAAUGAGCAAGUUGUUAAACAAUUUAUUUUUCUCUAUCAGAAACGUAUUAUUGUGAGUAUUAUAUGCUGAUAAUGGCCUCCCUUCACCAUUUUAAAAUGUCCCCAAUUCUUAGUGAAUUACUGUGGGUUGAGUGUAAUAAUUUAUUGGUACUUAACGGAACCAACGCAUCCUCUAGUUGACGUUAUUUCCUUGGGAAUGUCUGUAGUAGUAUUGGUAGAGAAAUCCAUUUCUUUCCCUCCCUCAUCCCCCCAUUAUGCAGCUCAGCUUUGGAGUUGAUACCUCAGCUUAGUUUUUGUUUCCUGAUUCUUUGAAAUUGUGUUGUUAAAUUGUGCUAUGCAAAUUUCUUACUUGAUAGCAAUACUGAAAGCAAAACCAAGUCCUUUGCUAAAGAACUAACAUAUUCUGUUAGUGCAGGAUAUUUUUGUAGGCUAAAGAAAAGAAAAAAGUUUGAGCAAACUAUUUUCUUGUAUUGUAAAGUUUUCUGUGUUUGAUACUUCUGUUCUUUUCUUAAGAGAAGCUUAGUGACAGCCAUGUCCUUCCUUGUGUUAUGAUUUAGAUCUCAUUGUUGUCCAUGGAUUUUUAACCAGUUUACUAUAAGCAGAAUUUUUUUACAGUAAUUGCUGUUUUGUUUCAUUUUCUAUAUAAUUUGCAAAAGAAGAUUGUGCAUGUGCUGCUGAAUAAAAUUUAAGUGUCACUACUGACUUGGUUUCUAGAAGUUUUUGGUUAAAAAUCCAUGGAAUAUGCCCAGGACAUCAUUAGCAGGGAAAGAUUCCCGAGUGUUUUGAGUGGAUUCAUCAUAGGAAGUGAGAAGGGGUACAAAGUCUGGUUCCUUGACUGCUACCCACUUUUCUCUUGGGCAGUCUUCUAGGAUGAGUUGUGAACCCAUAAUCAUACAGUGAAGAUAUCUUUAUACUCCACUGGUUGUAGACUUUCCUACAUGACUGACCACUAAUGGAUGUGGCAUAUGUAUCCCCCCCACAAUUAAAGUUUGGCUUGCAAUUUGAAAUUGCUGCAUCUCCCAGGUACAAUGGUAAGGUGUAAUUUUAAUUCUAUUGCUGUAAGAAAAUGUGUACAUUACUUUGGAAGUUUGUUGGACAUAUUUUCAUGUUCCCCCCUUUUUUUAGGUGUCAGUGAAAGUGGUUAUUUUGUAAAUCUGAAGACGGCAAGUGACAGCAUUUAUGUAAUGGUUAUAUUUAAAAGUAAACAUUAAAACUUCCCCAGUCUUAGCUUUAAAUUGAACACUUCACCACAAUCCAUGUUUUCUGGCCUGCUUCAACAUUCAAUGUGCUACCAAACACUAACCAGAUAAUUAUUUCUGAAUAUUGUGGAGGCUUGUACUAUUGUAGACAAGAAAAAAAAAUCGACCUUUAUGUAAGCUU